GAGGCCAUAUAUGCGUCAUAUGACACAAAAACUUUCAUUGGACUUUGUAGUGGCCGUUUUUUUCUCUUAACGAAACGGUAGGCAUCAAUAUGUUUAAAACGUUAAUAGCAAUUACUGUAGCAUGCGUUGCUAUUUCAACAGGAAUUCUAUGGCAUCUAACUUAUGGCUCUGUGUCUGACAAGAUUGAGGGGUGGUCCAACAAAGUAUUUCCAGCCUCCGCUCAGUUGAUUUUUUGGAUAGCUGGCAUUGGGGACUCCUAUUUUGGUAUUUUACAAGUGAAAACUAUGAGAUUUUUUCCAGAUGAGGAUUUUUUUAAUGCUAAACAACACUUUUGGGAGAAAGAUGUGCUUAUGGAACACAGUACAAUAGCUGGAGUACCAGUCACUACUUUUAAACCAAUCAAUAUAUCACCACCAUCUCCAGCUAUUAUUCAUUUCCACGCAGGUGGGUUGUCAAUGGGAAGCCAUAAAUCUGCAUCAACAAUGGCAAUAUGCUAUCGACUUGCCAAUAAAACCAAAGCUGCUGUUAUAUCAGUUGGUUAUCGUUUGGCACCAGAGAGUGUGUUCCCUGCCUCGUUUGAUGAUGCUUGGAAUGUGGUGUCCACAAUUUUAUCUGACCCAUUAAAAUACAAUAUAAAUGGUAGUAGAAUUGCUCUUAUGGGUGAGAGUGCUGGUGGACUGUUGGCUCAAGCUGUUUCGUUGAAACUUGCCAAUUAUCCUCAAAUACCAAACAAAAUUGCAGCCCAAGUUUUGACUUAUCCUUGGCUUCAAUUGAUUGAUAUGUUUUGCUUACCAUCAUAUGAAUUGUAUAGUGAAGGUUUUGCUCUUUCUGUGCCAUUACUGGCUAACAUGGCUUCUGCUGCGACUAUGGGCAAUGCUGAAAUGGCACCAAUGUAUAUCUCUGGUAAUGUAUCGAAGUACUUUAUGCAAACAAAGUAUUGGAAAUAUCUUGCUCCAUUAUCAAAAUGUAAACUAAACCCAACAAAAGAUAAAAUCACUUUACCAAAGAUUUUCAUUGAAAAAGUCACAGAUCAAUAUCUUUCACCACUUCUUGCUGAUGAUCUAAGCUCAACUCCACCAACAUUUCUUGGAAUUGCAGAGUAUGAUAUUCUGGAAAGUGAAUGCAGCCUGAUGUCACAAAGACUUAAAGAAGCUGGCGUAAACAUUAUUACAAAGCGUUAUAAAACAUACCAUGCUUAUAUGUUUAAUUUAGAUUUGCCCCUCGCUAAUAAUACAUUGGCAGAAACUGUUAUAAAUGACACUGUUGUAUUUUUAAAUUCAAUAUGGUAAAUACAAUGCAGGCAAAGAAUUUUAGCUGAGUACAGUGCACAAUCAUGUUUUACAAUUUCUUCAAACCCUGUUUAUCAGUACAAGCAACUUUAACGAUAAUUUCUAUGAUAAUUAUAGUUGUUGAAAACCUUCCAUAGUAGGGUAAAAUUAUGUGAAUAAACAGUAUUGAAAGACUAUAUUCAAUAGAGUUGGCAGUAAUAAUGAGUCUUUUGUCAAGUAUGGUUAUCUAUAUGUGAAACAGUGAUUAAUAAAAUAUAUCUGAAACUUG